GCGCCUGAGAGCAGUGCGCAGGCUGAGUGGGAGCGCAGUCGCAGGUUAUCCAUCGCCUUGUGCGAGCUCUUUGCCACGUCUGGGAUCCUCCUUUAUAAAGACGCGAUUGUUUGUGAGAGCAUCGUCCCAGGAGCCAAAAGGUUUGCAAACUGUCCUUUAGGAGACUGCGGGCUGCCAAAGCGUCAUGACAGCUGAGAAGAGUGGGCCGGUUAUAAACGGUAAACCAGAGGAUGGCAAAGACCCGGAAGGGUCCAGCUCCAGCAUGGACAGCUAUGAGUACAACGAGAGGGGCAUGUGGAACAACAAGAUCGAGUUUAUCUUGUCUGUGGCUGGAGAGAUCAUCGGGCUGGGCAACGUUUGGAGGUUUCCCUACCUCUGCUACAAGAACGGAGGAGGUGCUUUCUUUGUCCCGUAUGUCAUCUUCUUUGUGUGUUGUGGUAUCCCCGUGUUUUUCCUGGAGACGGCCUUGGGUCAGUUCACAAGCGAGGGAGGUAUCACCUGCUGGAGGAAAGUCUGCCCGUUGUUCGAGGGUAUUGGCUAUGCAACACAGGUGAUUGAAGCUCAUCUAAACGUGUACUACAUCGUAAUCUUAGCCUGGGCCAUUUUCUACCUCUUCAACUGCUUCACCACCGAGCUGCCGUGGGCCGGCUGUGGGCAUUACUGGAACACAGAAAACUGUGUUGACUAUUAUGGUGAAAACGCCACCAACAUCACAAACCCCAACGCAACUUCUCCGGUCAUUGAGUUCUGGGAACGCAGAGUGCUGAAGAUCUCAGAUGGAAUUGAGCACAUGGGAGGGGUGCGCUGGGAGCUGGCCAUGUGUCUGGCUCUGGCCUGGUUCAUCUGCUACUUCUGCAUCUGGAAGGGACCCAAGUCAACUGGCAAGGUCGUGUAUGUGACGGCCACCUUUCCAUACUUCAUGCUGAUGAUCCUGUUGAUCAGAGGAGUCACGCUGCCCGGAGCCUUCGAUGGCAUCAAGUUCUACCUCUACCCAGACAUUUCACGUCUCUCUGACCCCCAGGUAUGGGUGGAUGCAGGGACCCAAAUCUUCUUUUCCUACGCCAUCUGCUUGGGCUGUCUUACUGCUCUUGGAAGUUACAAUUCCUACAACAACAACUGCUACAGAGACUGCAUCAUGUUGUGUUGUUUGAACAGCGGGACCAGCUUUGUGGCAGGUUUUGCCAUCUUCUCAGUGCUUGGCUUCAUGGCCUACGAACAAAAUGUUCCCAUUGAAGCUGUGGCUGAAUCUGGUCCGGGUCUGGCCUUUAUUGCAUACCCCAAAGCUGUAACUAUGAUGCCUCUGUCCCCACUCUGGGCUUGUCUCUUCUUCAUGAUGCUGAUUUUCCUCGGCCUCGACAGCCAGUUUGUGUGUGUGGAGAGUUUGGUGACAGCUGUGGUGGACAUGUACCCGGAGACCUUCAGAAGAGGCUACCGCAGAGAGCUGCUGAUUCUUGGCAUGUCUAUAGUCUCCUUCCUCAUUGGACUCAUCAUGUGUACCGAGGGGGGGAUGUACGUCUUCCAGCUGUUUGAUGCGUAUGCUGCCAGUGGAAUGUGUUUGCUGUUUGUGGCCAUAUUUGAGUCCAUAUGUAUCGGCUGGGUGUACGGAAGUGACAGAUUCUACCUAAAUAUUGAGGACAUGAUUGGCUACAAACCUGUCUUCUUCAUCAAGUGGUGCUGGAUGAUCCUGACCCCAGGCAUCUGUGCUGGAAUUUUCCUGUUCUUCUUGAUUAAAUACAAACCUCUGAAGUACAACAAUGUGUACACCUAUCCUGACUGGGGUUAUGGGAUUGGCUGGUUCAUGGCGAUGUCCUCAAUGGUUUGCAUCCCACUGGGAAUUAUCUGGAUGAUCUGGAAGACGCCUGGUACCUUUUCUGAGAGAAUGAAGAAGCUGACCACUCCCAGCUCAGACCUAAAAAUGAGAGGGAAACUUGCCUCCCACAGUCCUUACGCCGCCAAUGAUGCAAAACUCAAGGCCGAUGGCAAAAUCUCGACCAUUUCAGAGAAGGAGACGCAUUUCUAACACACGGCCCGACUGACCAGCCAAGCUGCCUGCUGUCUUUAACCAAGAAAAGUCCAGCAAACAAAAAAAACCCACAACAACAUUACCAGCCGCAACACAAAACAAGAAAUGAAACAAAUGACUCAGAGUGCCAUUUUUGUUUUGUAAAAAAAAGUUUUAAAAAGAUGGGAAAAUCACUGAUUAUAUAGUCUGCUUCUAUUUUGCACAAACUUUAUCUAACACUUGAUGUUUUCGUUUAACUCUCAAAGCAACUGUUGUUAACCAUUAAUAUUUAAAGAUGUGUUUAAUGACGUACAAUAAAUGGUAAGAAUCUCUUCUGUCA